AUGGGAUCUCAAAGCACGUGGGAUUUUGAUUCGAGAUCACCAAGUGGAGGUGGCCCUCAGUACAGAGAUUCAUUCGACCACCUUUUCGAGGGCAAUUUCCGUCAUAUUUCCCAACCAGCCGUUGGAUUCUAUUCGGGACUUUUCUCCUUUCAAGGAUGGGCAUGGCUGAAUUUCAUCACCGAAGAGCUAAUUAAUCCAGAACGAAACCUGCCCCUUGCAAUUUUGAUCUCAAUGGGAAUAUGUACGGUGGUCUACACUCUAUUCAAUAUAGCUCUGUAUACCGUAAUUUCUCCCGACGAAAUGCUCAUCAGUCCUGCAGUGGCAGUGUUGUUCGCUCAGAAAGAAUUCGGAAGGCUCGCUUUCCUGAUGCCAAUUUUCGUCGCCAUUUCAACUUUUGGAUCGGUGAACGGCACGAUUAUGAACAGCUCAAGGCUAUUUUUCUGUGGUGCUCGUGAAGGUCAUAUGCCUGUGAUAUUGACGAUGAUCAACAAAAAACUUCGAACACCCAUACCGUCAGUGGUUUUCACUAGUUUCCUUUCUCUUAUGUAUUUGCUAAUAUCUGGACAUAUCUAUACGCUCAUUAAUGCAAGUCAAUGCACUGUUUGGCUCGCUAUUGCUGUUGUAGGAAUGGCAUUGCUUAAGUUCCGAUGGUCGAUGCCAAAUGCACGUAGACCUGUGAAGGUACGCUCCACACAUGUAGCUCGGUAUAACAGCUGGUUGGAUGGUUUCGGGUACCAAACCAUCAAACCACCAGUUUUUGGAUUGCUCAUACUUUUCUCAGCCGUGCCCAUUUACGUAGUAUUUAUUUGGUAUGGAAAGCUUCCAGAGUGUUUCACACAGUUCAUGUACAAUUUCACAGUUUUUUGGCAGAAAAUUUUUAUGGUGGUGGAUGACAACAAAAAGGAUUGA